CCAGCCUGCGACUGGGGCCAGCUAAGGAGGCAUUCCAUGGCCUGGCGUUCCUCAUCCAUACUCGUGCAGGAGCCGUGUGACCCUUCCUGGAGCAGCUGCCAGAGACUGUACCAGUGCAAGAUCACCAGGCCAGCAGACUCACAGAAAAUAUGCAUGGCGCUGGCCCAGCGGCAAGUGACGGUGCAGCAGGGCCCCCUGUACCGCACGGAGGGGUCCCACGUCACCCUGUGGUGCAAGGUGAGCGGCUACCAGGGCCCGGCGGAGCAGAACUUCCAGUGGUCCAUCUACCUGCCCUCGGCCCCCGAGCGGGAGGUGCAGAUCGUCAGCACCGUGGACCCCUCGUUCCCCUACGCCAUCUACACGCAGCGCGUGCGCGGCCGCGGCAUCUUCGUGGAGCGGCUGCAGGGGGACGCCGUGCUGCUGCACAUCACCGAGCUGCAGGAGCGCGACGCCGGCCAGUACGAGUGCCACACGCCCAACACCGACGAGAGGUACUUCGGCAGCUACAGCGCCAAGAUGGACCUCGUGGUGAUCCCGGACUCGCUGCGGGUGACAGCGAUCCCGCAGACGCUGAACAAGGUGGAGCACGACUCCCUGGAGCUGAAGUGCGAGGUGUCCAAGAGCACAGCCCAGCACAGCCACGUCUCCAUCGCGUGGUACCGGCAGCGUGGCAGCGAGGCGCCCGUCGAGAUCAUCUCCCUCAGCCGCGACUUCGUCCUGCGGGCCGGCAGCGCCUACGCCCAGCGCCAGGCCACGGGGGACGUGCGCUUGGACAAGGUUGGGGAGACCACCUCCAAACUCACCAUCUACAACCUCCACCCCUCAGACCAGGGCGAGUUUUACUGUGAGGCAGCGGAGUGGAUCCAGGACCCGGACGAUUCUUGGUAUGCCAUGACCCGCAAGCGCUCCCAGGGUGCCAUCGUCAACGUGCAAGCCACUGACAAGGAGUUCAGCGUCCGGCUGGAGACGGAGAAGCGGAUGUACAUCGUGGGCGAGCCGGUGGAGUUCCGCUGCAUCCUGGAGGCGCAGAACGUCCCCGACCGCUACUUCUCCAUCUCCUGGGCCUUCAACAGCUCCCUCAUCGCCAGCCUGGGACCCAACGCUGUGCCGGUGCUCAACAACGAGUUUGCCCAGCGCGAGGCCCUGGGCCAGCUCAAGGUGGCCAAAGAAAGCGACAACGUUUUCGUGCUGAAGAUCUACCGCCUGCGCCUGGAGGACAGCGGCAAGUACAACUGCCGGGUGACCGAGCGGGAGAAGACCGUGACGGGAGACUUCAUUGACAAGGAGAGCAAGCGGCCCAAGAACAUCCCCAUCACUGUCAUGCCACUCAAGACCAGCAUCUCCUUGGAGAUAAUCAACAACGCCACCAAUGUCUUGGAGGGAGAGAGCCUGCGCUUUGGCUGCAACGUGCGCUCGGGCUUGGGGCCCCAGAGCCGCCUCUCGGUGGCCUGGCAGCUGGUGGACAAGCUGAACCGGCGCAGCGAGAUCGUGCGUCUGGACCGGGAGGGCACCCUGCACCCCGGCCCCACCUACGCGGAGCGCAGCAGCUACGGGGGCAUCCAGGUGGAGCAGGUGCGGCCCGGCUCCUUCACCCUGGAGAUCUUCAACAGCGUCAAGGCGGAUGAGGGCCACUAUGAGUGCCGGGUGGCCGAGUGGACGCGGACGCUGGAUGGGGAGUGGCAGAUGGUUGGGGAGCGGCACACGAGCACCCCGGUGUCCAUCACUGCUCUGGAGGCCGGGUUUGCUGUCACCGCCAUCUCCCGCACCCCGGGCGUGACCUACAACGAGUCCUUCGACCUGCAGUGCAUCAUCAAGCCCCACUACCCGUCGUGGGUGCCGGUGUCGGUGACGUGGCGCUUCCAGCCGGCGGGCAGCACCGAGUUCCACGACCUGGUCACCUUCACGCGCGACGGCGGCGUCCAGUGGGGCGACAGGGCCGCGGCCUUCCGGACGCGCACCGCCAUCGAGAAGGCCGAGUCCAGCAACAACGUGCGCCUGAGCAUCAGCAGGGCCAGCGACACCGAGGCCGGCAAGUACCAGUGCGUGGCCGAGCUCUGGAGGAAGAACUACAACAGCAGCUGGACGAGGCUGGCGGACAGGACCUCCAACCUGCUGGAAAUCAGGGUGCUGCGGCCAGUGACCAAGCUGCAGGUGAGCAAGUCGAAGCGCAGCAUCACCCUGGUGGAGAACCGGCCCAUCCCCCUGAACUGCUCGGUGAAAUCCCAGACCAGCCCCGACUCCCACUUCGCCGUGCUGUGGUACGUGCACAAGCCCUCGGAUGCUGACGGAAAGCUCAUCCUGAAGACCACCCACAGCUCGGCCUUCGAGUACGGCACCUACGCGGAGGAGGAGGGGCUGCGGGGCCGGCUGCAGUUCGAGCGCUCCGCCUCGGGCGGGCUCUUCAGCCUGACCGUGCAGCGGGCAGAGGUGCGCGACAGCGGCAGCUACUACUGCCACGUGGAGGAGUGGCUGCUCAGCCCCAACCACGCCUGGUACAAGCUGGCAGAGGAGGUGUCAGGCCGCACCGAGGUCACCGUCAAGCAGCCAGAUAACCGCCUGCAGGUCAACCAGACCCACAGGAACAUCACGGUGCUGGAGAACGAGUGGGUGACCCUGGAGUGCCUGGUGAAGAACCGGACCAGCCCCUCAUCCCAGCUCUCGGUGGAGUGGUCCGUGUGGCGGCCGGGCCGCGCCGAGAAGGAGGUGGUGGCCUGGCUGAGCCGGCAGAGCACGCUGCACUACGGGGAGCCGGCGGCGCUGGGCGACCUGCGGAGCCGGCUGCACCUGGAGAGCCCGGCGCCGGGCCUCUUCCUGCUCUCCAUCCAGAACUCCACCGUGCGCGACAGCGGCGCCUACGGCUGCCGCGUGGAGGAGUGGCUGCUGGACCCCAGUGAGCGCUGGUACAAGCGGGCAGAGGACCUCUCCGGGCUCAGCACCCUCACAGUCAAGCAGCCAGAUCCCACCUUGCAGGUGGACACAGCCACUGCCAACCUCACAGUGCAGGAGAAGGAGUCCUUCCCACUGGACUGCAGCAUCCUGUCCCGCUCCAGCCCAGAGUCCCACUUUGCAGUGACGUGGUACAGCCUGCGGGCCAAGGAGGCAAGCGACCACGCGGAGCAAGGGGAGGAAGAGGAGGAGGAGAGGGAAGCGGUGCUGAGUGUGGGCCCUGAUGCCAUCUUCAGCCCCGAGGCUGGUCGCUGGGAGGGCCGCCUGCGCUUCCAGAGGCUCUCGGCAGUGCUUUUCCGGCUGACGGUGCUGCAGGCGGGCGGUGCCGACACGGGCAACUACUCGUGCCGAGUGGAGGAGUGGCUGGCGGAUCCCAACGGAGUCUGGUACCGGCUGGCUGAGGAGGAGUCGGGCAUGGUCGCUGUGCACGUGCAGGAUGCAGGCUCCACGCUGCAGUCUGUCAUCUGCUCCAAUGAUGCCCUCUUCUACUUUGUGUUCUUCUACCCCUUCCCCAUCUUUGGCAUCUUGAUCAUCACCAUCCUCCUGGUGCGGUUCAAGAGCCGAAACUCCAGCAAGAACUCGGAGGGCAAGAAUGGGGUUCCCUUGCUGUGGAUCAAAGAGCCUCACCUCAACUACUCUCCCACUUGCCUAGAGCCACCAGUCCUCAGCAUCCACCCAGGAACCAUGGACUAAAGAGGCAGAAGCACCUGUAGGGACGCACAGAGGGAGAGAAGUAGAGAUAUACCGGGAACCCUGAGGAACACAGUGGGGUUUGUUGUUCUUGUUUCAUUUGUUUCAGUGUCUGUGCUCCAACACAGUGGCUGAGCUCUGCCCAGCCAGCAGGAGCAGGAAGGUCCAAGGCUUCUUCCAGCACCUGUGGGAACAUACCCCCUCACCCCAAUGGACAGAGGCACUUGCUGUACAUAGCAGAUGUUCCUCUUGGACUAAUUUGACUCACAUCAGUUGCUGUCUUUUGGGCUGUUGCUUUUUUAUCGUUUAUUUUUUGGUCACUCAAAGAACUGUAGACUUACCCUGCCCUCCACACAGUGUGGAGUUCCCAGGGGGUAUUUGGUCCUAGAUGAUCUCUUUGGAAGUAAACAUAUAUGUUUUCCAAAACAGACUGUUUUUCCUUCUCGGACCCAGUGCCACAGUGAAGAAGAUCUUUUCCCAAGGUGCACUGAGCUAGCUCCUCCCUCUUCCAAAACAGACAAAGCCAGGUUUGUCCCCAGAGGGGUUAACUGGGCUGUCUGUCCAGAGGUCCAUUUCAAAGACUGGCUGUAGCCUCAGCAUCUUCUUGCCUCCAACUUACUCGUUUUCUCAGGAGGGAGCAAUUCACCUUUUGGGAGUGUUCCCAGGUCUUGGAGAGACUGAAUAUUGAGCGUGCUUGCGGUCAGGAUGAAAGCAAUUUAGUUUGUCUCAUGGAACUGAAGGGGGGAAAGGAAGGACACCUGAAAGCCCUGACUAUGUUGUAGCAAAGAGGGUCCUUGUACAGUCUCACCAGAGUUAUGCUCCUCCCUAGUGUCCAUGGUGCCCCCUCUGAUGAGGCAGAUCUCCUCUGUGCCCCAGUCAUUUAGGAAUGGGAGGCUUAAUCCAGUCUCUGAAGGCUUCAACAUGACCAAAGUAAAGACUCCAGGAAGGAGGAAAGGAGAAGCUCCACGGGUCAGGUUCACAGUCCCUGGAUGGUUCAGCCAAGGAGCCCAGUAGCAAACAUGCCACGUAGUGGGGACGUGCAGUUAACCACCAUGUGUCAUGAGUUUUCCUGUGGCUGCACUGCUCCCCAGUGUGAGCCUGGACAAAGCAAGGGGCCUGCAGCACAUCAGCACCCUGGGGACUUCCCUGUCCCCUUGGCCAAGAGAAAUCUUCCCCCUGCGUGUAUGUGCGUCUGCCGUUUGUUUCUGAGACUUUAGGAAGAGAAUUCAUUUCUCCAUAAGCUCCCCCUCCUGGCAAAGUCACCUGCUCUUGUAAGAGUCACUGUGGCAGGAAAUGCUGUUCUUUCUGUGAAAGAUAUGGCUCUUGUGAACCAAACCACGGCUCUCGCCACGUGGGGCACCUGACCUCCUGCACCCCCUAAUGCCAAGAACCCCUGCCCUGUCCUGUGGAGGAAACCGCCUCCUCCCCCGUAAGCGUUAUGUCUGGCGGAAGAAAAUGUUUGCCAAAAAUGGCCUUUUGUUGUCUUCCUUGAUGUCUUCCUGGCAAAUCCGGCCAUUUCUUUUUUUGCAGCAUGGCUGAAGCCAACUGGGGGCAGAUGGGCGCAGCCACAAGACCCCCCCUGCCUCACGUGUGAGAGGUGCCAUACCCACAGCUGUUGUCCUCUCCGGAGGGUCAGACUGCCCUUUGGAGGCAGAGGGGACCUCAGCAGAUGCUCUGUAGCACUAAGUCAGUUAGACCCUGAUGCCUUGACGUUUCAGAGGUGGUGAAGCUUCAGGGAGGAGAUCUGCACCAUGAAGCCUCGCUCCUAUCUGGGAGAGGACCCACGUGGCUGCAGAUCAUUCCGUGCUAAGGCGUUUGAAGCUGGCCACCCCUGCACCUCCACCAGAACAGCACUGGUUUCUUCUUCUGCUGGGAAGCCCCAGUUUCACUCGUCCCUCUGUGAAGUCUGCCUCCUCGAGAAGUAACUGCUUACUGGCCCCAGCAUUUGCAUACAAUCACAUUCCUGUAUCUGUAUGUAUCGCACACCCGCACACUUGUCUUCCCUUUCUGGCUAAGACGUCUGCAAAGAGAGGAGUGGGAUGAGAAGUGAAUGGAAAUGAAGAGUUGAGGUGCAAACAGCUGCAGCUGCAAGCCAGUGGGUAUUGUUUCCUAACUGUACUAUCUCCUGUAUGUACUGCUCCCAGGCAGGAACCACGACUCACUUCAGCUUUAAGGAAGAAGAGAGAAUGAAGUCAGCGGGAGCCGUUCUUUCCCGGGAGAGCUCUGCUCCGCGCCUGAGCCACGCUCCUCCUCGCCAUCCUGUCUGCCCCAGAGCAGGGCUCUCCUGGAGGCCUGCCACAGAGCCCAGGCUUUCCUGGGAAGUGGCUCCCGAGUGGUCCCUGAAUGUACCUUGCUGGUGACAUUUCUCCAUUGCUCUGGCAGUGUGUUGCCCAGUGUCAAACUUCUCUCAGUUUUUAUAAGGCAGCCUCUUCCUGUAAUGAGUUUUAACACAAAGCUUUUCAAACCACUCUCUCUGCAGUAACUUUCUGUAACGAACCCAAGAAGAAGGAGAGAGACCCUAUCCAUGCAUGAUGUGGAAAAAAUGUUUGGGAUUUUUAAAAAAAGGAAAAAGUGAAAAAAAAAACAACAAAAACUUUGUACUAUGUUGCACUAAAACAUGUUUUAUACAACACACCCGAGAGCUGUAGUAAACUGUGUUGAAAUUGUGAAUCCUAUUGCUGCUGGUUUUUGUCAGAUCUGGGCUUUUAUUAUUGCCUUUAUGUGCACUCACAGCAUAAAGGUGUGUUGAGGCCCUCCUCUUGGGAACCCUCUCCCUCUGCCCCUACUCCUUGAUGCAAUAACUUCUCUCCCUACCACUGGUAGCACAUCUCUCUCUUGCAGCUGGAGCUUGCAGACACCUGGCACCUCUGAUUUUAUACCCCAUCCAACCUUCACCCCUUGCCAUAAUAGAAUAGAACAUUUAACAGAGGCCUGUCAGGACUUUUAUUGAACGGAACACACUGGUUUUGAAAUUGUUCUGAAAACAGUAAAAGUACUUUGCUGUGUCAUUGUUUGGAUUUGAAGAAAAACCUUAUUUUAAUAGAAUUAUGCAUAGCAAGUGUUAAGUAAAUUACUUUUAGUAACCUGGAUGAAAGCAGAAUAUAGCUCACUACAGAAGCUGAUGUACAAUACAACCUGUUAAUUCUCCUUACCCACUUUUGCCUUAAGUAAGGAUUUGGUCAGGACUCUUGAAUUCUCCCAUAUUCACUGAAAUAGGGAAGUAGCAUGAUGCAUUCCUACCUGUAUUGCAGAAGUGGUGUGGAAUUGGGUAAAAUGCGCUGCUCACACAGCUUUAAGGUCGGGUUUG